CAGGCCUGGCUAGGCUUCACCGUGGACCUGGCUGCGCUCUGCCUCCGCUGGCAGUGCAGGUGCCGCUGCGCCGGGGCCCGGGAGGCUGCGCGCCGAGCCGAGCGGAGCCAGGGAGGGAUGGAGAGCGGGCCGCCCGGGCUGCAGGAGCACCGGCAAGGGGUGUAGGCGGGCGAGAAGCAGGCGCUGGGGCACGAUAAGAGUGCAGACGCAGGAGCACUUUGCGAUAGGAUGAGGCUCUUGGCUGGCGCGCGGUAGUACUAUGAUUUGGUAUGUGGCCACUUUGAUAGCAAGUGUGAUCAGCACCCGAGGUCUUGCGGCUCAAGGUGCCCACGGCCUGCGAGAGGAACCCGAGUUUGUGACUGCUCGAGCCGGUGAGGGCGUUGUCCUGAGAUGCGACGUAAUCCAUCCAGUGACGGGACAGCCCCCACCCUAUGUUGUAGAGUGGUUCAAGUUUGGGGUCCCCAUCCCUAUCUUCAUCAAGUUUGGCUACUAUCCCCCACAUGUGGACCCUGAGUAUGCAGGCCGGGCCAGUCUUCACGAUAAAGCAUCUCUGCGGCUGGAGCAGGUGCGCUCGGAGGACCAGGGCUGGUACGAAUGCAAAGUCCUCAUGCUGGACCAGCAGUAUGACACAUUCCACAACGGCAGCUGGGUCCAUCUCACCAUUAAUGCCCCUCCCACCUUUACAGAAACACCCCCCCAGUACAUCGAGGCCAAGGAAGGUGGAAGUAUUACCAUGACUUGCACUGCUUUUGGGAACCCUAAGCCCAUCGUCACCUGGCUCAAGGAAGGGACCCUCCUCGGUGCUAGUGGAAAGUACCAGGUGAGUGACGGUAGCCUGACAGUGACAUCAGUCAGUCGGGAAGACAGAGGCGCCUAUACCUGCCGAGCAUAUAGCAUCCAGGGUGAGGCUGUGCAUACAACCCAUCUGCUUGUUCAAGGGCCUCCCUUCAUUGUUUCCCCUCCUGAGAACAUCACCGUCAACAUCUCCCAGGAUGCUCUGCUUACCUGCAGGGCAGAGGCGUAUCCCGGCAACCUCACCUACACCUGGUACUGGCAGGAUGAGAACGUCUACUUCCAGAAUGACCUGAAGCUAAGGGUGCGAAUCCUGAUUGAUGGGACACUGAUCAUCUUCCGAGUGAAGCCAGAGGAUGCUGGAAAGUAUACCUGUGUCCCCAGCAACAGCCUGGGGCGCUCCCCCUCUGCCUCAGCUUACCUGACUGUGCAGUACCCAGCCCGUGUCCUCAACAUGCCCCCUGUAAUUUAUGUGCCCGUGGGAAUCCAUGGCUAUAUCCGUUGUCCUGUGGAUGCAGAGCCACCUGCUACUGUGGUGAAGUGGAAUAAGGAUGGCCGGCCACUGCAGGUAGAGAAGAACUUGGGUUGGACCUUGAUGGACGAUGGCUCUAUUCGCAUUGAGGAGGCCACAGAGGAGGCUCUUGGCACUUACACGUGUGUGCCUUACAACACUUUGGGGACCAUGGGCCAGUCUGCCCCCGCACGGCUUGUCCUGAAGGACCCCCCGUAUUUCACGGUGCUACCAGGCUGGGAGUACAGGCAGGAGGCCGGCCGGGAGCUGCUCAUCCCCUGUGCAGCGGCAGGGGACCCCUUCCCUGUCAUCACCUGGAGGAAGGUAGGGAAGCCCAGCAGAAGCAAGCACAACGCCCUGCCCAGCGGGAGUCUCCAGUUCCGUGCCCUGAGUAAGGAGGACCACGGGGAGUGGGAAUGUGUUGCCACCAACGUGGUCACAAGCAUCACUGCCAGCACCCACCUCACUGUCGUCGGCACCAGUCCUCACGCCCCAGGCAGUGUCCGGGUCCAGGUCUCCAUGACAACUGCCAAUGUGUCCUGGGAGCCAGGCUAUGAUGGAGGCUACGAGCAGACAUUCUCAGUUUGGAUGAAGCGGGCUCAGUUUGGGCCCCACGACUGGCUGUCCUUGUCAGUACCACCGGGGCCCAGCUGGUUGCUGGUAGACAGCCUGGAGCCUGAGACUGCAUACCAGUUCAGUGUCUUGGCCCAGAACAGGCUGGGAACCAGCGCCUUCAGUGAGGUGGUCACUGUGAACACUUUAGCAUUCCCUGUUACAACUCCAGAACCUCUGGUGCUGGUGACCCCACCAAGGUGCCUCACAGCCAACCGGACCCAGCAGGGUGUGCUCCUGUCCUGGCUCCCACCUGCCAACCACAGCUUCCCCAUUGACCGAUACAUCAUGGAGUUCCGAGUCGGGGAACGCUGGGAAAUGCUGGACGAUGCCAUUCCAGGCACCGAUGGAGACUUUUUUGCCAAGGAUCUGUCACAGGAUACAUGGUAUGAGUUCCGGGUUUUGGCUGUCAUGCAGGAUCUGAUCAGCGAACCCAGCAACAUCGCCGGUGUCUCCAGCACAGACAUCUUCCCACAGCCGGACCUGACCGACGAUGGGCUGGCCCGGCCAGUGUUGGCUGGGAUAGUGGCCACCAUCUGCUUCCUGGCGGCUGCCAUCCUCUUCAGCACGCUGGCCGCCUGCUUUGUCAACAAGCAGCGCAAGCGCAAACUCAAGCGGAAGAAAGAUCCUCCGCUGUCCAUCACUCACUGUAGGAAGAGUCUUGAAUCUCCCUUGUCCUCUGGCAAGGUGAGUCCUGAGAGCAUCCGCACACUCCGUGCCCCAUCUGAAUCCUCUGACGACCAGGGCCAGCCCGCAGCCAAGAGGAUGCUGAGCCCCACGAGGGAGAAAGAGCUGUCCUUGUACAAAAAGACCAAGAGGGCAAUCAGCAGCAGAAAGUAUAGUGUGGCCAAGGCUGAGGCCGAGGCUGAGGCCACCACGCCCAUUGAGCUGAUCAGCAGAGGCCCCGAUGGCCGCUUUGUCAUGGGCCCCUCUGAGAUGGAGCCCUCGGUGAAGGGCCGGCGGAUCGAGGGCUUUCCCUUCGCCGAGGAGACGGACAUGUACCCUGAGUUCCGGCAGUCGGAUGAGGAGAAUGAAGACACACUGGUGCCCACAUCUGUGGCUGCUCUGAAGCCCCAACUGACCCCUAUGUCUUCCAGCCAGGAAUCUUACCUGCCACCACCAGCAUACAGCCCUCGGUUCCAGCCUCGUGGGCUUGAGGGCCCCAGUGGACUGGGAGGACGACUUCAGGCUACUGGCCAAGCGAGGCCGCCUGCCCCUCGGCCCUUCCACCACGGCCAGUAUUAUGGGUACCUGAGCAGCAGCAGCCCUGGGGAGGUGGAGCCUCCACCCUUCUAUAUGCCAGAAGUGGGCAGCCCCUUGAGCUCAGUCAUGUCUUCCCCACCCCUGCACACCGAGGGGCCUUUCGGCCACCCCACCAUCCCCGAGGAAAAUGGAGAGAAUGCUUCCAACAGCACUUUGCCCUUGACUCAGACACCUACAGGAGGGCGCUCUCCUGAGCCCUGGGGCCGGCCAGAAUUUCCCUUUGGGGGACUGGAGACCCCAGCCAUGAUGUUCCCCCAUCAGCUGCACCCCUGUGAUGUGUCUGAGAGUUUGCAGCCCAAGGCCUGCCUGCCCCGAGGACUGCCCCCAACCCCGCUCCAGGUGCCUGCAGCCUAUCCAGGCAUGCUAUCCCUGGAGGCGCCAAAGGGCUGGGUAGGCAAGUCACCCGGCAGGGGCCCCAUUCCGGCGCCCCCUGCGACCAAGUGGCAGGACAGACCUAUGCAACCUCUGGUCAGCCAAGGGCAGCUAAGACAUACCAGCCAAGGUAUGGGGAUACCGGUGUUGCCUUACCCCGAGCCAACCGAGCCCGGGGGGCACGGUGGCCCCAGCACAUUUGGCCUGGACACCCGGUGGUAUGAGCCCCAGCCCCGGCCCCGGCCCAGCCCCCGGCAGGCCCGGCGAGCCGAGCCCAGUUUACAUCAAGUGGUGCUACAGCCCUCCCGGCUCUCACCUCUGACCCAAAGCCCCCUCAGUUCCCGUACUGGCUCCCCUGAGCUCGCUGCUCGUGCCCGACCUCGACCAGGCCUACUGCAGCAGGCUGAGAUGUCAGAGAUCACCCUACAGCCGCCAGGCGUCAGCUUCUCUCGCAAGUCCACGCCGUCCACUGGAUCUCCUUCACAGAGCAGCCGCAGUGGGAGCCCCAGCUACAGGUCCACCAUGGGCUUCACUACUCUGGCCACAGGCUACCCUUCUCCUCCACCGGGCCCUGCCCCUCCUGCACCAGGGGACAACUUGGAUGUGUUUGGACAGACGCCUUCCCCUCGCAGAAUGGGGGAGGAGCCACUCCGGCCAGAGCCCCCAACAACCUUACCUAGUUCAGGAAUACUUCCACCUGCAUCCGGGAACGCUGCUGUGCCUGAGAGGCUGGAGGCUCUGAGAUACCAACGGAUAAAGAAGCCCAAAAAGUCAUCCAAGGGCUCUUCGAAGUCAAAGAAACGAUCCGACGGUUCUGCCUCCCAGGCUCAGCAGCUUCCCAACUCUCAGGUUCUGUGGCCCGACGAAGCUGUCUGCCUCCGAAAGAAGAAGAGACACUCUCGUCCUGACCCCUUUGCUCGGCUUUCGGACUUGUACCACCGUCAGCUUCCAGAAGACCAGACGGCGAUCCUCAACAGCGUGGAUCAUGAUGACCCAGGCCACGCUACUCUGCUAUGACUUGACGUCUCUCUAAGUGUCCCCAGGGAGGGGUGCUAGGCUAAGGGGGCAGAGAGGGACCACUGUACAGGGCCUUGUCCUCCUUUGCCCAUCAUGGGAUGGCUCAGGCCCUUGUCCUAUGUGUGUUCCUUCCUGCCAGUGGGCCUCUCCCUCACGAUCUCGCUGGCUAGCCUUGCCCACAGGACAGAGGACUGGGGGAAGAGCUUUUUACCUGUGGGUCAGUUGGGAGUGUGUGAGGACAGGCAACAUCUAUCUCAACACUGCCUCUCCCACUUUACUAGAUUCUUCUCACCUCUUCAAAUGUCUUAGGACGUGAAGAAGAGAAAAAUCAAUGGCUUUUCCUACUCUGCGUUUGUUUCAGUUUUCCAAGUCCUGGGAGGGGGUUAGAAUUACAUCCUGUCCUCCAAACUCCACAUAUAUAUAGAUAUAGAUACAAAUACACUUGUGUGUAGUUGGUGGGUUUCUCUAUGUGUAUAUAUAUGUACAUUGAAGCAAAGUACUGUUUCUCCCUGUGCUUGGUGAAGGACUGAGGAAGGUACUGAUCAGCUGGGCUUGGUGAGCAGGGCGGGCUGUGGGCUGGUGGGUGCCCUCAUGUCUGUCUUGGGAGGAGAUCAUUCCAGCUGAAGCAGGAUUCAUGCCUCUCAGCUGACUCCACCAUUGUUCUGACCUUUACCAUCUAGAGCAGAAAUGGGGCCUUGCCGUGAUUCCUAGCUCCCUGCUUGCAGGGGUUAGCACCAAGUUACCCCUGAACUAAAUCCAAGCCUUUAUUGCCUGCUUGCUGGGUCAGGCUCAAGGCCAGACGGGCAUCUUCCUUUCUUCUGCAGUUUGGCACUCACCAUACAAGUGGUGAUGGUUUAGCCGCGGGGCUGACAGGCAGGCCUGGUGUACAGCCCCGUUCAUGUGGUCAUGCGUCGGUCUCUUCUGGUCCAGCCAGGGCUAGGAGCCCUGCAGCCAAAGGCCCUCCUGUUCAGUAGCCACCUGUGCUGAGCAGCAAGCUGCCACAGCCCUAUUUAUAUCCAGCUUGGCUCUGAACUCAGAGCACUGCUCCCCCGCGGCCCAUUGGCUCCUCCUUUCCUUUUGUGUCUGCUAAUUCUCCAGAUUGAUUAAUUGCCGUUUGUGGGGGCUGCCUGCGGCUCCUUGGCAUACCCGCCGUGCGCCGCCUGCCCACUCUGCUUUGCUCCGGGGUCCUUCUCCACCCCCUGGAUCCAAUCUCCAGUGCAUGGAUGAAGAAGUGAGGGUACCUCAGAUCGCUGAGUUCCGGGCUGCUCUUUGCUCACUGCUCCUGUGUGGCGCUGGCUGAGGCACAGGAAUGAUGUUGGGAGGAGCGGUGGGCAGGCACCAGGGCCCUAAUCCUUUCUCUGUACAGAUCCCUGGUUCAAACUGUUAGUACUUGGAAGUUUUCCUGAUGCCAUUUGUCAAUUCAGACACUUCUCUCUCUCCUUAAAAUGUUAUGGCGUUGCUCAAGAGUAGAAAAGGCGGAGAGUGGGCCCGCCCUCUCCUUCCCUCCUGCUUUGCCUAAAGAAGUGGUAACUGUCAGCUUCCUGGAAGUAUUCCUUCUUGGUGCUGCUGUAUCUGUCUCUCCCCAGUGACCUCCUCGGGCAUUAGCCAUGUCUACUGGAAGGCUUCUGCUGGUCCCACAGAAGCUGCCAGUCACUUGGCCUAGUGACUUUGAUGAGGUCCCAGGGGCUAGGAAACUGACCUUUCUUAGCGCUUCCAUCUUGGGGGAUCAACUGCAUCCCUGCAGCCAGGCCUUGGUGCUUCCUUCUCUCUCCCAGUGAGCUAGAGACGGACUCCAUACUUGAGGCUUCACCACACAAGCCACACUAGUGCAGCAUUCUUCCAGACAUAUGGGGAAAAGAGGUGCUGAGGGCAGAGUUUCUUUUGCUCUGAGAUUAGGCCAUGUACCUCAGACCGUCCAACUGAUGUGAUUCUCAGAGGUGUUGGAGAGCACUUGACCUCUAGACCUCAACUCCAUCAAAAUAGAAGAGUUGAGUUGGAAGACUCACGUCCUUGUUCAGAAGUGGGCCACUGCUUCUGCCACUGUGCCACAACGGGCUGCUCACUCAAGUAUCUCCUGGGGCUGUUGGGAACAAAUCUACUUGAAAUACUGGAGUAGUAUUUGGAGGCUCACAGUGGCCUAGUCUGUGGUCUUUGCCUGUUCUCUCACAGCAUGUGUUUCCUGAACCAUGGAGUAUAAAAGUAGGUUGUUGGGGCUGGUAGACUUUGUACUGAAUUUGACUAAGUAUUCAGAGGGCCCUCCUGGGAAUUCUGGCCCUGAUACUGUCUGGGCCUUGAGGUUAGAAUGGAGGGGAAGUUGAGGUGGAAGACUACUUCUUUUGGAUGUUGUAGGGUCAAGAGCCAAACCUUGUGUGCUGAGAUGCCGCAGUCCAUGGCUAGGCUUGCAGGCUGGGCUUGCAGGCUGGGCAAACAAAGGUGCUGACUUCUUCCUCUUCUUGCCUCUGGCAGUGCCCCUUACCUCUGCCUAGCUGACCAAAUGGUAGAAACUGCUUGUGACGGGCCGCUGGGUAGCAGCUGUGCUAUUUGUCCCCUGGACCAGAAGGGGCACAAAAUCUAUCCAUUCCAGAGUGGCCUCUGAUACAUUCUUCUUGUGACUUUUCCUGGAGGCCAGCAGCAUUCCUGCACUCUGGGAAACUGUUUCAGCCCGCCCUUUGGUGGCUGCAGAGCAAAUUGGCAGGCUACAGUCCCCAUGGUCGAUGUGAUUAUCGGGGUGUCAUAGGCACACACUCUCAAGUGCUGGAUCUGGGCACAUGUUUGACAGUCCGGUUAGAGGUGUGUGAUGUUGGGGGGUAUCCACUUCUAGGGACCAAUGACCUUUAUACUCUGCCUUUGAACUUGGUAGUGACCACUAUGAGCUUCCUGGGGCUUUCACCCUCCUUGCUGUGGGAGAUCAUGUCUUCCAAAACCUCCCUUUGCAUCUGGUAGCCGUGCAGAAGUAACCCAGUUCAAAAUCUAUUCCUGUACUCAAUAUUUUUCCUAUCUUUUCCUUCUGCACCUUGACUGGAAAUGCUAUCUCAGUGUUUAAACCACAAUCCAGAAAGAGAGUAAACUGGUUCUCUAAGGGGCCAGAAAGACUGCAAUUUGGGGGAGAGAAGAUGAAAACUAACAAGUGAACUUCUUUAUUUGGUGGCUGACCAUACAGAGCUUCGCUUCAAGACUCUGGGUGGAAUUCUGUGCAUCCAUGGUCACUGGUGGCUGUUGGUCCAGCAUGUGAUGCUGGUCCCUCCCUAAUGGCCAGCCUAUCUUCUCCCCAGUUUUCUUAGAGGGACUAGGAUAGGAGAGAAGAGGUCCUUAGAGAUCCUUUCUCAGUGGAAAGGGUGUUGGAUCACACAGCAUGAGCAGGAGCUGUACUCCAUCUCCACGGGCUUGGGUUAUGCAUUUGGGGGAGAUUUCAGCAGGGUGGAGUAGAAUAGUUACUUAUUGACAUUUUUUUUCCAGUGUGUUCUUUCUUGGUUUCUGCACAGUGAUCUAAACUAUGUGAGGUUGAACAGAUUUUAAUUGUUCAUUCUUCUGCGCUUUUUAUACAGAGAGAACUGGGUAAGGUUGAGAUGUGGGAUUCCUUUCUUUUCCCCUCCUGGUGAGAUUAGUACAUGCUAGUUUCAGGGGAGGCAUCCCAGAAUGUUAGAGCAUCUUAGUUGCUCCCUAGGAUCUGUAUUUGAGGCUGAUGUGUGCGUAGCUUGAGCCAGUUCUGAUCUUGAUAGCAAAAUCCUUUAGAGGGCUUGGGGUGGGCUGGGAGAAUUGUAGGUAAGGACAUUUUAUUAGUAUGUAGAGAACUCUAGGAAUUGAAAAGCUAAUGGCUUGGACUUGCUUUGCUUGCAUGUAAAAGUGCUUUGGGGGGCACUGCAGGACAUGGGGGUAGGAGGAUAGAGUCAAGGGCAGAGAUGGGGGGUAUAGGGAGGUACCAUUAAUGUUUUCUCUGGGAUCCUGAGUAUUUCCGCUAGUGCUCACUGUCUUGGCCCUACCCUCUCUGCAGUCUCCAAGACAAUGGAGGCUCCGAGUCUUGUGGAUUACUUCUGUCUCUUUGGGAAGGGCCUUGGGAAGAGCCUAAGUAGCUAUUCUGCAUUGGAUACAAUAGUUGAUAGGGCAGGUGUGAUUCAGGAAGAGAAGUUAGAGGGUUGGACCAUGGAGAGAAGGCUUGAUUGUGAUCAGGUAUGUGAGGCUGAGAGGGAGAGAGUAUUAAAUCCAUUGUAGAGAGUACAGGAAUCCUGGGAUGACGAGGUUAAAGCCCAAAUAAUGUGCCAAGCUUCCAGUUCUCUUUAUGGCCACUCUGCUAGCCCAGAUGACAGUGUAGAUGGCUGGGGGCGGGUCCUCACAAGGAAAUGAGUUACUGCCAGGGAGGGUCAUGAGGAGCAGGUACCCCUGAUGUGAGGAAGGAUGUAGCCACGGAGACCAGGUUGUGGGCAGGGCCUGGUAAGCAGGCCCAGACUGGAUCUUGGAAGAACUCUUGCUUAAGGCAGGGCUUUUCUGCUUGUAGAACUGGCUUCUAAUGCUGAGUGCAGAAUAGAGACUUCCUCAGUUUUUUUUUUUUUUUUUUUUUGUUUGUGGAGCUUCUCUGGUGAACACUGGGAGACUGGCGUUCACAUGCCACCGGUAACUGCUUUCCAGUGGGGAGGGAAGGCUGGGUUUAGGAGCUUGGUGCCCAUUCUCCUGGCAGCUGUGUCACACUGUGCUUCUUCUCGUCUGUGUCUGAAAAUGCCCAUUGGACACUGGUGCUGAUGGUGGACAGGAGGCGGGGCCUCCGGACCUGUCAGUCUUUCUUGAGCGGUAGAGAAUUUCUUCAUCCUGGAGGCUACACAGUGGCCUGGUGUCUAGAGGUUUUGCCUUCCAUUUCUCUUCCUUUGAUAGGUUACAUUUACUGCACUGUAGCUAAGAGAGUGAAGUAAUUUCCUCUGAAAUCAGAGACCAUCUAUUCUCUACUCCUUAAUGUAUCCAACUUCCUCUUGGAUCAAGAGGAAUAACAGAAAAUUUCUUUAAGAGAAGUCGAUAAACGAGAAUCAAAGCUCUGGUUGGACUCUAGUAACUCUUAUCAACUCAUUCAACUUGGUAUUUGCAUGGAGCUGGCUUGUAACUAUUUUACCUUUUGAUGCUGAAUCAGCAUGAGUCCAGAGCCUUAUAUCUGGGCCCCUGUCUAUAUUUCCAAAUAAGCCUUUCAGGAACAAAUACACUGUCUACACCAGAUGUUUGGUGUCUUGGAUUGCCAAGAGGGUAGAAUUCUUUUUCAUGACCUCAUUUAAAAUAAUAAGAAGAAUAAAAAAUCCCUAAUCAAUUGAGUCUGAUCCAAAGACACUCCCAGAUCAUAGGGAUUUCUGUGUAGAUUAAAAAAUAAAUGUAUUAGUGCAAACCUUUUUAGUGGCUGGCCGUGCCUUAGGAGGGGAGAGUUGGGGUGUCCUAACUGCUAAGUAGUUGGGUAGAUCAGCAGCCAGCCAUUGAAUCACUUGGACAUUCUCUUCUGCAGUGGGCUGGUUGCAGCAGUUAGGGAUUCUGAAGAGCACUGAUGAACAGUGAUCAGCUUUGGACCCCUGGUUAGGGAAUUCAACCAAAGCAUCACAAGAAACUCAGCUCGCAGCCAGGGCCAUGACUGUACCUUUCCCACCCACCUUAUCUAGAUGGCAAGUGAUUGACAGGGCUUGUUCUUCUGAGUCCCAAGGAAAUGGAUCCCACCAAUCCCAUCUCCCACUGGUGUUGGAUUUCCUGGAUCUGUUUCAGGAAGGAGAGCAAGCUCUCCCUCCACCCACAUUCUACCCUUCCAGCUCUGUUUCCUCCUUCUCUCCACCUCUGGCUUGUGCAUGGUCUGCAAUAGGGAGGUGGUUGGGUCGGGGAGAGAAUUGGGGAGGGUGUAGGGGUUGGACUGGGGAAGGGAAUUUGCAUUUUCAACCUUAAAAAUACUGUAAGCAUGUUUUGGGGUGACCCGGGAUUUUCACAUAAACUAUGGUUAGGGAAAAUGCCUGAUGCUCCUCCUAUGGGAGGUGGGGACUUAGGGGGCAUUUGGCGUCUUUUUGGCUUAGGGAUCUAUUUUAUUUGGUAGAGGAGAAUAAACCUCCUCACAAUCACCCUGCAAACCUUAGAAGGGAAACUCAUUCUGUCCCUGAGUAUAUUGCCUACUGAGAACAAUUUAACAGUCUGUCACAGGUUGACCUUGCCCUGGCUGGGUUGGAGAAAUGGAAUGAUCACACGUGUUUCUCUGUAGGCGUCAGGUUAUCUGCCUGGUCAUGAACCCCUGGCCAACUGUUUAUUCCAGUGUUCAGAAGUAAGUGUGUUAGAUGGGUGUGAGUAUCUGGGAUGGAUGUGGUAUAUGCAAGGUAUUUGUGUGUGCAGUAUGUGUGUGCAGUAUGGUGUGUGUGUGUGUGUGGUGUGUGUGUGUUGUAUGGGUAUGGUUUGUAUGUGUAUUUGAUAUGAGUGUGGGUAUGAGGGAACUGUAGAGACACCGCUUUGCCUGGGUAGCAUCAGGUCUAGUUAUGGCUGAUUCUUUCUUUGCUAGACAAAUUUCUGUUUUGGUAGGAGGGUCAUACUCGUAAUAUACCAUCUUGAGUGUAUUUUUUAUGGAGAUUGUAUAUAAAAUUAUAUAAAUAUAUAUAACUUGUUCUAUUUUAAGGUGAGAUGAGACUUAUUGGGGGGAGGGGGAGAAUCAGAUGCAAUAGUGCUGACUAACAGUGGGAGCUUCAGGUAAGUUGUCCACACGGGGAGUGGGAGGAGGGGGUGGGGAAGCAAUGUUAGCCAGGCAGGAGUGGAGGCUCGUGCCCUCGGCACUCAUAUAUAAAUAUAAAGAAAACCUAUAUAAAGCUCUCUAUCUAGCAUAUCUAUAUAUCUCUAUAUCUAUAUGAAGUCAUAGUUUGCUUUAUUUUUGUACCUGUGCUUAGAGACACUUUGAGCAGUAUCACCUCCCCCAGGUGGUCCGGGGUGCUAGCUCAUGCCUUGACGCCACCUACUUUCCAUCCUUCCUGAGACAUGCUGUCUGUUUGGAGCUUCUCGAGUCUUUCCAAUAGAAAUGUGUAUAUAUGAAAAAACUCAAGUCAUCUGCAGGAAGGGCAAGAGCGCUGAAGGCAGGGAGGUCCUGCUAUGUCUCUGUCUGGAGGGUUCCCUAACUCAUACUAUUUGGUAGAGGUGCUCAGUAUAGAAAGGAUGAUGGAGAGCUAAGCAUGAAUCCAUGCCCCUAUGGCUAAGGGUUGGUACUCAGUUCCUUGGAAAAAAUCUAGCUCAGCAUCUUGGACAGAGGGAGGUCAGGUUGUCUGGGUCUUACAGCAAUACCUGUUCUGGUUUGUAACGCCUGGGCUCAAGUAGUCCCCUGUAGAAGGUGGAGAGAUUUUUGAGGCUGACUGCGUGGGCUCAGUUUUGGAGAAGAUACACCCCGGUAAUUAUUGCUGCAGAUUCUUGGAACCAGUGUGAAUGUGAUAUCUAGUAUAAAUAUAGCAUCUGUGCUUUUUCACUUAUUUUUAAUUGGAAAAUAAAUUGUUAUCGGAAAUGGGGUGGGUGGUCUAGUCCUGGAACACUGAAUGGAAGAGCAGGAAUGAGAGACCGAUGCUGGGCAGGACUUGAAGGAUGAAUCCCACUGCUUUCUUCCUCCUACUCAGCCCAGGACUCUGGAACUAAGUAAUGUAUUGGAAGAAUGUGGUGUGGAUGGGAGGAGUUCCUUUGUGUUUGGCCAGGAAGUUGUGUACUCUGAGGAAUACCUCUCUGAGAAUUCGAGACCUCACAUAUGCUGUAAGGGCCACACUUUGCAGCCUUAGCUGGCAUCUUCUGGUGCUAGCUCUUUCUUCUCAUGUGCCAAGUGAUCAGAGUGAUAUGCUUGAAACAGCUGCAGAAGCUAGGAGAGACUCAAGGCUGUAGUCCAGGCUUCCUGCUUCUCACUCAAGAAGAAGCUGAAGAACCCCUCUUCCCAAGCAGAACACAAUGCUAGUCAAGAGCUCCUACCCCAGAUGCCUCAACCAUGGGAUGGGCUUUUUGGGGACUAGGGGUGAUAGGCAGAGUAGGGUGGAGUGGAACUUGAGUCGAGUUCCUGAGCUUUAUGGAGACCUUGUGAUUCCCUUCAUGAUCUGCUCAAAAUGCUCGAAUUUUUCCAAGGAUAUUGUGGGAAAAUGGGCUCUGUCCAUGUAGUACUGGAUGGACUCCAGCACUGGGUCUAACUGGAAGUGUUAGGUGCAGGCCCUACCUGCAGCCUCCUCAGGAGACCAAAGGAGGAUAAGGCUAGGUGUUUUUUUGUAAAUUUUCUGAGAGAUUGAACAAGAGGAAGAACAGCAAAUUCUUUGUCCCUUCCUAGCUUGUGUCCCCUCCUUACUUACCGAAGAGGGGUUUCCAUUACAAUUUUUUUGGUUCUCUUUGUAUGUAGACUCUGUCUCACUUCUGGUCCUAGAGACCAGCAGAGUUCAUCAUUUUAGCAUCUUAGGGCUCAUACUCCAUGAAGCCCAGGUUUGCUCUGACUCUACUCUUUCCACAUUGAGCCAAAGGCUUGGUCCUUAGAAACCUCAGCAGCACUGAGAUACAUGAAAUCGCCAUGCUAUUUCAUGAUGUCUAACUGGACCCUUCUGUGGAAAUGGGAAGAUGGACAUGUCCCUUACCCUGAAGUUUUAGGGUUUGGGCAAUAUGUUACCUUUGCCCUUUCUAUGACCUCAGGAAGAUGGUAUAAGGUGAGCACUAGAGGAGAAAGGUCUGGUGGCCCAACAUCAGUCACCUAAUCUGCAAAAGAGCCAGCUUUCCACAAGGGAACACAGAGCAAAGAAGGUCAGGGUCUGAUUAUAUAUGGAAAAGGCCAGUUGUCUUAUCUUUGAAUCUCUCUGUUAAUGGGAGGGGCGCUUUGAUAAAGCUGCUGCCAGGACCCUGAACUGUUUUGUAUACUUGUGAUUCAUCUUGGUCCCUAGGUCAUGGGAAGGUUUUUGAACUGUGAAGUUCUUCCCUAUUGGUAGGAGACAGGGGGAGUCUAAAGAGAUUGAGUUUGGUUAUCUCUGCUCUUUGGAAUGAGUGUGGAAACCGAUCUGGGAUUUGCUCUCCCAAGGGUUGCUCUAGCUCUGUCCUUUCUCUACUGUCCUCAACCAGGAGCCCGGGGGAAAGGAGCACACCCACCACUCCUCAGUUUUUGCCUGGGCCUCACCUUGUGUAAGGUACUCAUGUGGAACCAUUUUGGGCAAUAUAAAAGCAUGAGGUGGGGGGCAGGACACAGCACCCCUCCUGUGGGUGAGGGCGAGGGGUGGAUUGUGAUGUUGGAGUAGGAGUUUCUGUCCUGUUGUUGAGGAAGUGACGAGUGCCACCUUCAAGGACUGAAAGGAGUUGCUCUGUGGAACGAUCUUGAUGUCGGAAUUUGAGGCUGAGGUGUCACACAGGGUAGACCAAUGCUCUGUUCACGGCGUCCUGUUUAUCACUCUCAGAAAGUCUUAAAGCUCCAUUCAAAUUUAACUUCUUAACUGACAUUUGUGGGGCCGGAGAAUGAGGGCAGGGGUGGGGCAUGCUUUCCCAAGUUCCCUGUCCUUGUGUGAUCCCCGACUGAGCAGAUGCUGGCCUGUUUUGGUCAGCCACUCUGGGGCUCCCUUUAUCACCGCCUGUUUCUCUUUCACGAGGAGGGACUAUAUCAUCGUGGACAUAUUUCUUCCCUCACUCACCUAAAGGCAAUUUUUGUAUGAAUUCCUUUCCUCCCGUUACUUCCCCCCCCCCCCCAUAGUCUGUAGACACAGAAAUGGGGAGGUGAAGGAUCCUGGAGCUCCCUGCCAGGGUCCCUCACAGGCUGCGCACCUCUUGCACCUGGCAACCUCUUGGCUGUUAGUUUUAACAUAUCUGGACAUGACUACCAGUUUUGUCAUGAGAUUCCUUGCUCUCAUUUCAAACCUUUACUCUUCCUUUGACUUCCUUUGGGGCUCUUCCCGACUCAUGCCCGGUCUUCCUAUGGAGACCAUUCAGACCUCAUUUCCAUCUCUUGAAUGUUGAGUAUUAUUACAUCACUGCGCUAGGGUGCUUCAUGGUGCUGCUCUGGAAGAGGCCAGCGGGACGAAAUCAGCCACCUUCGUUCCUCUGCUUCCCUAGAUCUUGCUGUAUUUUGUCUCUAUUAGAUGUUUUCCCUAGGGGAUUGGGGUGGGAGAUUUAGGGGUAGCUUUUGUGCGCUCUCUCUCUCUCUCUCUCUCUCUCUCUUUCCCUCCUCCCUCCUCCUCCUCCUCCUCUCCUUCUUUCCUCUUCCUCUCUGUAUGUAUGUAUGGAUUGAUUAAAGUCAGUUAUCAUGGGCAGCUGACUUUGGUUCCAAAUUACAGUUCAACCACACAUUGUACAGCUGCACACAGAACACCUUUGAGUGUGAAUUUGGAUGGCAACUAGAGGCAUACUUUUUGAACUUCAGGUAUGUAACUGAAAAGUAAAUAAAAACACUAUUUUUUCAGUAAGCUUUUUUUUUUUCUUCUAAAAGAUAACUUAAAAAUCAAACUAUACGAACAUUGAAUUGGUGCUGUACCAAAGCCUUAUGACGUAUUCUACACUCUGUGUCUUCUGUCUCUGGGGAGUCCCCUGCUUUACCACUCUUCUCAAAAGCCUGGGCAUGCCAGUGUGUGUCAAGCCUGGGGCUGCGUGUGGCCUGGAGACCUGUGGGUCGAGGGGACUCUUGGGAGCAGAAGAUGAUGGUGGAAGUGGGGUACCCAUCUUUUGCCUGAGCCGAUACUGAAGGGGAACCAGGUGUUGGUGUGUGUGGCAUGCAUGUGUGUGUGCGUGCAUGCAUGUGUACAUGAGCUCACCAGUGCAUAGUGCCAAAGUGAAUGCACUACCUGGGGAUUGAAAGAGAGACCCAGGUAGGCCUGGGUGUGGGGUGGCCAUGGGAGUGAGGGGCAUGCUCCUUCCUGUUUCCCAUUUCCCCUUUCUUCUAGGUUAGUAGUUGAGGUGUAUCAGAAACAGCUACCCUCUCAAACAGGUGCUUUCCCCCUCAAAAUCUCCAAAUUAUCUGUGAAGGGCCUGUCCAUGGGGCAGGUACCUCAGCUACCAAAUCCUCACCGCCUAAGGCUGGGAGGAAGCUCUUUCUUCUCUAGCCCUUGCCUAGUUUCUUGGGGACAAAGUUUCCUCCAGGGAUCUCCGCAUCUCCGGUUCCUCGGCCUGGAUGGGCUCCCUAGCCCAUUGAGAAGGCCUCACUGUGGGUGACCCAUAGCUGUACCUGCUCCGUGGUCCCAAUCAGUAAUGCCUGCCCUGGCUGCUGAGGACAGUGAUUCCACUGGCCUCAGACUUGUCAGUGUAAAAGCUGAGCACCCACCCAAGAUUCACCCGGAAGGAGAUGUGCAGUCUGCCUUGGCCUGGACUGUUCUUCCAGGCUUGCUUCACCUGCUGGCUCUUUCAGGCUUGCUGAAACUAACCAACUCAUCACCCAUAACACUGCAUGCUCAUUUCUGCAAACAGACAACAGUACAUAAGCAAACACGGCAACCGUGAGAGAAAGAAGGCACAUCUAGUAGCCAGAUGUGUAGCCAGUGAAGGCACCCUUGGGGACAUUGCAAGCGAAGCUGAUUAUAAAACGUUUAGUAUUUAAUUGCUCCUCAUGUAACAUUACUCUGCUUCAGAAAUGUUUUGUAUUUUGAUAUAAAUAA